AUGGACGACGAGUACGGAGACGCCGACGAUGUCCUGGUCGCCCUUGCGACCGCGCAAGCCAAUCCAGCCCCGCAACCUCAGCCCCGACCAGCUCCAAGAAUCCAGCAGCCGACACCGCAACGACUCGAUCGCGCACCACCAUCCAAUGCCUCCGGUUCGGGACCGCCCAAAGUCGUACAGCCAACUCCGCAAGCGUUGCCGGCGCGUGGUUCGGGAUCGUCCAUUCUCGUCUCGCCCCGACAGAAGGGAAACCCCGUGCUGGCGUGCCUGAAGUCGAUACCAUGGGAGUUCAGUGACAUACCGGCGGACUAUGGGCUGGGCUUGACGACAUGCGCCUUGUUUCUAAGCCUCAAAUACCACCGCCUCCACCCGGAGUACAUCUACACGCGCAUCCGCAACCUGCAAGGGAAAUACAACCUCCGCAUCCUCUUGACGCUAGUCGACAUCCCCAACCACGAGGACGCGCUGCGCGAGCUGUCCAAGGCGUCGCUCGUCAACAACGUGACGGUCAUUCUGGCCUGGUCGGCCGCCGAGGCCGCCCGCUACCUGGAGCUGUACAAGUCCUACGAGCACGCCGGAUUCUCGGCCAUCCGCGGCCAGCAGGCGACGGGCUAUGCCGAGCGCCUCGUCGAGUUCGUGACGGUGCCGCGCAACAUCAACAAGGCGGACGCCGUCGCGCUGGUCAGCACGUUUGGGAGCCUGCGACAUGCCGUCAACGCCGACCCGGAACAGGUCGCGGUGGUGGGCGGCUGGGGCGAGAAGAAGGUCAAGGCGUGGUGCAAGGCUGUGGAGGAGCCGUUCCGGGCCAGGAAGGCGGCGAAAAGGAGGGCGCCCGGUGCAGCGUCGGUGGGUUCUAGUUCGAAGACCAAGUGUGCGGGUGCGGAUCCCGAAGAGCAGGAGGGUGCUGCGGAGGCUCUCGCUGCUGCGGCGGCGGAAGUGGAGGCUGAGUUUGCGAUGGGAGACAACCAAGCCGUGCCAGCCCGGGGGCUUCUCACGACGGCCGCCGCGCCGGCCCGCAAGGAGGAUCAGCUGAGCGACGGCAUAGCUGCUGCUUUGGCACGGCUGAGGGAGAAGGGCUAA